CUGACGGACUAGACGCGUUUGUGUAUCAUCAUUUACGAGAGUGUAGUCGUGAUGUGAUUGUGUGUCGUUUAGCAUAUAGAAUACGGGUUUUGCAAGGUGCGAUGCAGCAAUGGUCGGCGUGCUGGAUCCACGCGGCGCUCGCUGUGAUGCUGUUGCCCGGAGCGAGGGCUCCAGCCCGUCCCUGUCCAAGGAACUCGCUCUGCUACUGUCGCGCGGACCACUUCGCCUGCAACUAUGUUCCGUUCCAUCGUUUCCCAGAAACAGAUCCAGAAGUAUGGCACGUGUCAGUGUCGCAAGCUCGCUUGGGUACCCUGGGUGAGGGUGCACUGGAUGGGAGACGGCUGCGGACCCUGGUGCUGGUAGCUUCACAUCUAUACCACAUAGAACCCGGAGCUUUUUCGUCAAUGACGUCAACAUUGGCAUCCUUGGAUUUAGGCAACAAUGAAUUCACAGAAAUCCCUAUCGAAGCUCUUCGAGAAUUAAAAGUGUUGAAUUGGCUCAAUUUGCAAAACAAUUACAUUAGCGAAUUAAAUUCGGAUUUUGAUUGGGGUUUCUUAUCCGAUUCUUUGAGCAGCUUAUCAUUAAGCAACAAUCAUCUGUAUAUCCUGAACGAAGGUUCAUUAUCGUCACUACAUCAGCUGGCCCAGCUCGAUCUUGACGGGAAUCGAUUACAUGCCGUUAACCCGAAUUCGCUGCCACAGUCAUUGGCAUUGCUUCGUCUGUCUGAUAACAUAUUGACAUACUUCCCAUGUCUAACGUUGGCUGGGUUACCACGUCUACUACACCUUCACCUCAGAAAUAACAUACUAAGACCUUCCUUAAACCACACGUGCAGGGGUGAACGCACCAAAAUAGAGUCAUUAGAUUUGAGUCACAAUGAGCUGGAUGAUCGUUUUGUCCUUAGUUUCCAGCACAGAUUACAGCUGAAGCAAUUAAUUUUGGACUUUAAUGAUUUUACGGCCAUCCCUCCCUUCGUUAUGGACAGCGGUCGGUUAGAGAAAUUAUCAAUUUCUUACAAUAAAUUAAGCUAUGUGUCAGAUGCGAUGAUCCAUGCAUUGAAAAGAGAUUUGGAAAGAUUGGAACUGGAUUACAAUGAAAUAGCUAUUCUAUCAGGUAGUGUUAAGGAGAUGGUGAGACUUAAGCAUUUGUCGCUAGCUUACAAUCACCUAGAAGAGAUCAAUGAUCUUCCUCCAAAUUUGUAUUCUUUGUCAUUGUCCGGGAAUUUCCUGUUGACUUUUCCAGUGGGCUUAAGUACUUUAAGUCCUGCGAGUCUGGCCUAUUUAGAUCUCGGAUAUAAUCAAAUAUCGGUCUUGUCCCCCGAAUCCUUCGGUGUGUGGUCGGAAGCACUCGUAACUCUAAAUCUCAAAGGGAAUAGGAUCACACAGCUCGUGGCGGGGUCCUUCCCUUUAACUUUGCCCUUAAGAGAACUUGUACUCAGCUUCAAUGACCUUUAUUACGUAGAUCCAAAUGCUUUCGCAAACCUAACGAUGUUGCAAGUGCUGGAACUAUCUUCGACUUUAUUCAGUGGAGAAUUUCCAGUGUCUUCGUAUUUCGAUAAUCUGACUUGGCUGAGUUUAGAUAACAAUAACGUUCAUUACGUCUCGUCCGGGGACCUCCAGAACUUUCCCUCACUACAAUAUCUCAAUUUAGAGUUCAAUAAGAUAACAGAGUUUCCUAGUGAAGUCACUCUAACGUCUGAUCGAUCGAACAGACUUAAAGAACUGAGACUAUCAUAUAAUUACAUAAGCAAGAUAAAUUCGGAAUUCCUCUCCGAUUUAGUGGAGUUGCAAAGUUUAGAUUUAUCGUAUAAUCGCGUGUACAAUAUUAGCGAGAACGGUUUCUCGAAUUUGCACAAUUUGGUUUAUUUGAGCUUGUCCGGGAACGCUGUGGAGUUCAUAGCGGAACGCGCGUUCCGACGCUUGCCCAAAUUAGAGGCGUUAGACAUGCACGAGAAUAAUUUACUCGUAUUCUCUACGGACUGUUUCGAAAAUGUUUCCAACGAUGAAACGAACUUUUCGGUAAACGUUAGCCGAAAUAGAAUAUCCGUGUUGACCGGCGGGCUGGCCGUUUCAAUAAAUACACUCGAUCUAUCCUUUAAUUUUUUAGAGAGCGUCUCACGACAUUUUUUCGACUCAAUCGGACCAGCCUUGCGACAGUUAAUUGUUUCGCACAACAGAUUAAUGCACCUCGAUAACAUUGCGUUUGGCUUCCUGCCAUCUCUAGAAGUAUUGAUGUUACACGAUAACAGUAUAAGUGCUAUUAAAAAGAAAUCCUUCGCUGAGAUGUCGUCGCUUCAAAUCCUGGAUCUCUCACGUAAUAAAAUCAGCCAAUUAGCUGUAGAGCAAUUUCAUAAUAUGCGACGCUUAAGGCAUCUGCGCUUGGCGCGAAAUGUCCUGCGAUCUUUGCCACGAGAUGUAUUUAAAAAUACCAUUCUCGAACAUUUAGACCUAAAUGACAAUCAUAUUGCAAUAUUUCCCAGUAGUGCUUUGGCUCAAGUCGGUUUCACUUUAAGAAGACUGGAACUAGCUCAAAACCACCUAGAAUAUCUCGACGCGGCGAUGUUCCACGCUAUCGCUUUUCUUCACGAGCUGACACUCGCUCGUAAUACUCUUACAGUACUUUCGGAUAACACAUUUGCUGGAUUAACCAGACUGCGACAGUUAGACUUAUCACAUAAUCCCGUCAAGACGAAUUUCAAGGAACUGUUUCACAACCUUCCUCGACUGCGCAAGUUGAUCCUCGCCGACGCCGGCCUUAAGAGUAUACCGCAUUUGCCACUUGCUAAUCUAACUGAACUGGAUCUGAGUGGUAACUUCAUGUCAUCGUUUCGGGAGCCUGAAGUGAGGCGAUUGAUGAACCUACGCGCGCUGAACUUGGCAAGAAAUAAAUUUACGUCAUUGCAACCAGCCAUGUGGGCGGCGUUACCGAAAUUGUGUAACCUUGACGUCUCACAGAACCCUAUAGUCCGAGUGACUCGUGGAUCAUUCGAAGGUCUCGAUCGCUUGCUACAUUUACGGAUGCCACAGCUAAGGCAGUUGGAGGUGGUAGAACCCCGAGCGUUCAGACCAUUAGUUUCUCUUAGGACUUUGGAUUUAGAAUCGCCCAUUGGAUCAGGUCGAGCAGAAGCAUCUCUUGCCGAUAUUUCUCUAUCAAUACCCACACUGGAAUCUCUUUCUGUUUUGGUCAGAGAAAGUGUUCUCGAUACCCAACUACAUGGGCUAAGAGCACCGAAAUUGCGGUCCCUUGAGGUGCACGGAGUGGCGUUGCGUCGUGUCUCUGCGCAUGCGUUUGUAUCUUUGGGCCAGCAGCGUGCCUUGACUCUACGAUUGCGUCGAACUAGCAUCACUGCACUCCCACCAGGUAUAGUGAAACCGGUGGCCCGUGUCCCACACUUAGCACUGGACUUCAGUGCUAACCAGUUAGUUACCUUUGGUCCGGCGACACUCUACCCAAACUUGACUGGUUGGAACCGUCUCGCAACAAAACUCCUCCCUGGAGGCCUCAUACUAUCAGAGAAUCCACUCCGUUGUGGUUGCUCUGUAUCGUGGGUGGGGGCUUGGUUGCGUCGUUGGACAGCUGAGGUUGGAGGCUGGUCAAGAGACGGUCGUGAUGCAGCACGACGUAGCGCGUGCAUGAUAUCCGGGACAUUAGUUCCACUCCUGUCUCUGGAGGCAGAUGAGGCGGAGUGCCAUGCCAGUGCACUCUCAAGCAGAGCAUUAACACAUCGUCCACACACAAUGAGAUCAUUUCAAUGGAUCGUGUUGCUAUAUGCUCUGAGUUAGUGAAAACAAUCUACUGUGUGGUGGUUAAAAAUCCUUUACGGCUUAAUCACGCAUUUCUCUAUUUAUCCAUUAAAAUU